CACACGGCUCAGGAUUAUAAGAUUAUCCUUCAGAAAAACCAUCGCAACUCUAUUUACAGCUUUGUUAUGACCACAGCCAGUAUAUAAAUGCUGUGAGGAGAGUGACUGCAUGACUGAGACUGCACUUCUUUCUUCUUCUUAAACAAGAUGAAUGCAACAGGAGCCGAGCCAGCGGAGGGCUCCAAGCCUGCUCCUCCUAAGUUCAAGCAGAAGGGGUCUCGGCAGUUUAAGAGCAAAGCCCCCAAACCUGGACAGAAGGGCUUUGACAAUGAUGUCCCGGGGAUGGAGGAGCUUGGAGACUCUGCAGUGGUCUGUCCCUGGGAGGCCUUUGGUGACAUGGAGCUGAGCGACCUGGCUCAGUUUGGCGUUGUCUAAACCCACCAGCAGACAUGUGUGAAUGUUUGGAACAUCUCUUUGGUUCCUAAUGUAGAGGAUGAGGAGCAUCCUCUGAGUCUAGGAGCCUCUGUAACUCUGCUGUAAAUGGAGAAAGGAAACAGUGGAACCUUAGAUCUGUAAACUAUCAAAACAAAACCAAGCAAACUUGCACUGAAUUUAAAGGACCCUAUUUAACAUUUAACAGCCGACUGCUAAUAAAUCCACAGAUAUGUUUCUGAUUUGUCUUUGCUGAGGACUUUGUGUAGAUUAAUGUGAACAAAAACAACCGAAUCCAUGUUAAGAUUUGUGAAAUAAGAUAUGUUAGGCUUAAGUGUAUGACAGCCGAUAACUAAUCCUUGCUACACAUGGGUUGCAAACAUUUUGCCACUACACCUGUGGCCCAUGACAACGAACCCGAGCAUCCCACCAGUGGCGAGCCAAUCUGAUCUCAGCCUCAUGGAGCCAGUGUGAGGAAAGCAUCAUGAUGUGCAUGAAGGAUGUGAACCAUUGCAACCAGUGGCGGUCCUAGGCUGUUUGGCGCCCUGGGCGAACACUCCC